AAGAGAAGAGAAUGUAGGUGUUGUAAAAGAUUUGAUGCUGAUGGUGACGAAACAUCUCUUCUUUGGAAGUGGUUUCAGUGAUGAAAAUCCAGAACAACACACAAGCCAGAAAGAAAAGCUUCAUCAAAUGCUCUGAGAUACAUUCUGACGAUACGGUCACGUUUACCUCCCAGAGUUUAUUGAGUUGAACGCAAAGCAAUAUCCACCGCCACCAGGUUAUCAAGAACCUUCAAUGACGCGUUCUCCAUUUUCGGCAUUGACGGUAGCAGUUCCAUCCCCAACAACGAUGGCAUGGAAGAACAUAUAUGGCACUCCUCGACAGAGCAUUCACUGAUUAGGCUGGCCGCCACCAUGCACAACUCCUUUGCAGAAAUAGUACUGUUACUGCUACUGUCGAAAAUUGAGAAUGAAUCUUCAAGUUUCUCCAACAAGAAAAAAACAUUGUCAGGGUAGACACCUUGGUGUUCAACUCAGUAAACUCUGUGAGGUUGAUGUGACCACCAUCAUCAGAAUCUACCUCGCUGAUCAUUUUAUGAAGCUCUUCCUAGCUCAUGUGUUGCCCAAGGCUUUUCGUCAUGGCACCCAGUUCUGAGGAGGAGAUUUUUUUUUGUCACCAUUAGCAUCAAGUUUUUUAAACACAUACUCUAGUGCUUCCUUGAUGUGGGUGCAGGAAUGUAACGCAAGAAAGGCGAACAUUAUCCAUCGAGAAAUUCUCAACAGAGGACAAAAUUGAAUUUCUGCCGGAAUUCAACAAUCAAGCAAUUAAUUAGCUUGCAAAUUUUACUACAUGCAGGGAAUUCAACAAUCAAGCAAUUAAUGGUAAACCUCAGUUAGAACCAGUGGAUAUCUUUUCAAGAAAAAUAGAAGGCUUUUGGUCAAGAUGUCAGCUGUUUGCUGAUUGGAAGGCACAAAUGGCAAGCAAAUAAUUCCAGCAUCCAAUUUCUCAAAUAAUUGCUAGGCUCUCGGUAGACUGCCUCAAGGUGUUCUUCAUAAGGAGAGUGCAUAAACUGACUUACAACACUCACUGAAAAAGCAAUGUCAGGUCGGAUAUGAGACAAGUAAAUCAAUUUAUCAACUAACCUUUGGAAACCUUCUCCUGUACGUGGAUCACUUGUUCUUCAUGUAGAAAAGCUUAGCAGAAAUGUCAAUGAAGGGCACUAGAAAGAAAUUUUCAGAAUCCCCCUUUAUGCAUUAACUUCAGGUAACUUUGGUGGGAUUAUAAGUGUCGAGUUGGCAAUGGAUCGAACUGUCAAUCUUCCAAAAGGGUAUGGAUAUGUGCAGUUCAAGACAAGAGGGGAUGCUGAAAGGCAUUAUUGUACAUGGGUGGUGCCCAAAUAGAUGGCAAUGUCAUGAAGGCAAGAUAUACUCUACCUCCAAGGCAGAAAGUUUCACCACCCCCAAAGGCUUUUGCUGUUGCUCCAAAGAGAGACACCCCCAGGACUGAUAAUGCUAGUGCAGAUGUUAACAAGGAUGGACCAAAGCGGCAAAGAGAAUCUUCUUAGUCAGAGUGACCCAGGUCUUUCAAUUUCUCCAUUUCCUCCCUGCACAUGGUUGCAGAAGUUAGCUCUAUGCUGUUGGAGAAGCUUGUUGCUGCUGGAAUUGGGAAUCGUCCUGUUGUUUUUGUUACUCACAGCCCUCACAGUUGAGCAGCUGAAUGUGAAUAACACAAGAUCAGCAACAGACUUAGUUCUAACUGUGACUCAAAUUCUCAGAAAGCAUGGUGUUGUGGGGAAAUUUGUUGAAUUUUAUGGUGAUGGUAUGGGUGAAUUAUCUUUGGCUGACAGGGCCACUAUUGCCAAUAUGUCUCCUGAAUAUGGUGCCACCAUGGGCUUCUUCCCUGUGGAUCAUGUUACAUUACAGUAUCUCAAGUUAACGGGAAGAAGUGAUGAGACUGUCAAGCCUUGGGUUAAAACAAGUCUUGCUCUAGGCUCUGGAGUUGUUACAAAAUAUCUACUCCAGAGUGGACUGCAAAAAUAUCUAAAUGAACAAGGUUUUCAUAUUGUUGGAUUUGGCUGUACUACAUGUAUUGGCAAUUCAGGAGUGCUGGAUGAGUCCGUUGCUUCUGCCAUCUCAGAAAAUGGUCAUAUUUUGUAACAAAUUACAACUUGAACUGAAGCUGGAUGAGUCAUAAUGUGUAUAUAACUUGUUUUUUGGUUCUUUCUUUUUCUAUAAUAUUAUCUGAUUUUUCUUCUCUCUUUGUAAAGGUCAUUAUUUAUUGUACACCAUACACAAGUAAUAUAACUUGUACAAGGUAGUUCGUGCCGAUAGAGAAGCCCAUAAUAACAGCCUAAAAUAUCAGGAGUGACACCUUUUUAUACCAUUAUUAGAAAAAUUAAAAUGAGAGAAGGAAUUUGAGAGGUUGGAAUUCUGUUCUCUCAAGAGUGACUGAGAAUAAUUUGGAUUCAUGUUUUAUUGUUA